GUUUUUUGGUAAGUUAGGUUAAUGCCAUGAAGUAUGUCUUUAUGUUCUAAACAGUUUUGAAAUCGAUUCUUGUUUCAAAUUGCGAGAUGUGCAUAGAGAUGUGAAAUAAACAAAAGACUGUUUGAUAUUUUUUUGACUUAGCAUUAAGAUCUUCAUUGAAAAAUAUUUGUCAUACAACGAUCACUUCAAGUAAAAUAUUAUUUUAUUGAAAGAAUAGACUUGUUUUAUAUCCUUAAUUUUAGUGACUUAAUAUUUUAAAUUCCCGAUGCUUUUCCCGCCAAUUGCUACGUUACAGUACAACAGAUUGCUUUUCAUACUUUAUUUAAAUUUUUAGACAUUGUUUCAGAACUUUUGCUCGGUUUUAUCCGAUAAAUAGAUUACGAAUUUUAUGAAAAUGGAUUAUGUGACAUCUCUCUGUAAAUACCCACUCCUGUAUUUUUCAAUCAUUUAGAAUUUAUUUGUGAUAUAAAAAAAAUUAACAAAAUGUUCGAUAGAGACAGUUUACUUAAUGACACUAACACUUAUUUUGACAGUAUUAAUUUCGGUGAAAUUAACGAACGAUGGAUUGAUGAAGUAAUCGAAAAUGAAUACAAUGAUGUUGAAGAAAAUCCGAUGACUACCAGUAUACUAUUUGCUGAUGACCCUUUCAAAACGUUAGAUAAAAUAUGUUUAAUUUGUGAGAAAUGGUUUGAACGUCAAAGUAACGUUUCCGAAGACAGUAGUUUUGCUACAAAUACUGAUGAUUCUGCGCAAGAGGAAGUAUUAUGGACUUUUCUAAAUAACCUUGACAUUUCUGUGAAACAGGUAUUGGGAAUGAUUUAUUUAUUGUGUUCUAAAGCUUUAAAAACGUCUUCUUCUCUUGAAGAUAAAAAAUUGGGAUUGGUCAGUGCUAGAUUUUACUUCAUCUGUUUAAAAAUUCCAGGAAGUUCUGCAUAUUCUGUUUUCCAUCCUAAUCUAUAUAGAACAUGUGUUGAUUGUCUGCAAAUGCCAAGUCAUGUGCCUGAAACGAAAGACACUGUUUAUGUUUGGAGGGAUUUUGAAGCACUUUUACCUGCUUUUAUAAGUACUUUAGAUGCUUUAAUUCCACUUUUAAAUGAUUUUCAUUUGGGUAGUGAUAUUACAACUGUUGAUUUCACCAUUCAAAAAUUAACGGAAUUGUUUGCUUGUGAAGCUUCUAAUAACAAACUCAAUUUUGAUGUUAAUUUAUUGGAUAUGAGUAAAGAUGAGCGUAGGCGACGUUAUAGUCGAACUUCCACAGUGACAUUACUUGUUUCCCAAGGUAUGCUAAUACUCGCCCGUGCGGAAAUGAAUGGUGACAAAGAAAGUAAUUGUUCAUUUAUUCUCUCGGGUUUAAAUACUCAUAUUUUAUGUGCAAAGAUCAAAAAGGCAACUACUAUACCACAUAAAUUUGUUGUUAUUAAAGACAAUGCUGUUUCAUUUGUUAAAUAUAAUCUCGCACACAAUCAAGAAUUGUUUUCCAAACCAACGGAAACUACUUUAAAAAGACUUUGUUUGCAAGUUAGUGACAAGAGUGAUUUCAGAGCGACUGUUUCCUAUGCUAUUUUCGCAAUAAUGUUUGAUCUGGUGGUUUGCGAUUUAGUUGAAUUUUUGCAGUGGCUACUGUUGCUCGUUGAUUCAGCCGAUACAAACAAUCGAACUUUUGCGCUAGAAGUCUUGGGGCUGCUUUUGAGUGAAAAUGUUCCCGGAGUUGAUAAAACUGGCUUGCCUGAUUCCGCAGAAGUUUAUCUGACCCCGAUUCCGGUCAUAUUUUCGAUUCUUACUCGUUGCGAUGAUAUUGCAUCAGGUGUGAGGUCUAAAGCAUUGACUGUUAUCUCGCAACACACUAAAAAAUUGUUAGAAUCUCUGACAGAAUUCAUGAAAGAUCCGUCUACAGCGAAAACAGAAGAUUUGGAAGAAAUUGUUGAAUCUGAUGUAAAUGGGGAAAACCGUGCAUUUUGGUACAAUUUGGAUUACAGAGGAAUAUUAGAUGAAAUAGCUGCUAUAAUUUAUAGGCGAGCAGAGGACUCAUCUGCAAAUGCUAAAAAAGCUGCUCUUCAAGCAUUGGAAAACUUGAUUUUGUUUGAUCCUGUAUAUUUGUCUGCUGAUUAUUUAAAACUUUUUGUUACCGCUUCAAAAGAUGCCAUUCUAACUUCACGCAAACAAGUUAUACAGUCAGUUACUACCAUUUUAGAUGCCUAUCCAAAUAACCAUAUUGCUCAAGAUUACUGGUUACAGUGUAUUACUCCAUUGGUGCAUGAUCCUGAAACUACAGUACAGGCUAAAGCCCUAGCUGCUAUGGAAGAUAGAUUUCUGCAUCAUGUCUUCUCUAAUAAGGAUGAUCUUAAAGACUGUGCCUUCUCCUUGCUGGAAAAAUUAUCCAUCGGACAAUAUUUAUCUCAUCAAAGAUAUCUACAAAAGUCUUUUAGCUUGUGGAAAACUGAUAAGAAACUCAAUUUGAAUGUUGCUAAUAUAGAAAAGUCUUUUGGUCAUGGUAGAGAUGAAUCAAUUUGGUUUUUUCUCUCUGUUUUUUCUGCCUUUGCAAAGUUGUCUCCGAAGCUAAGUGAAAGAGCUGUUGAUGAGUUUCAAGAAGUGGAUAGUUGGAAAAGCUAUUCUUACAUGGAAAAUAUACUAAAACUUUUAGGUUAUACUUAUACCAAUAUAUCUCCCUCAAAGCUUGAUUUAAUUAGAGGUACCCUUAUGACAAAGCUGAAGGACUUUUCAGCUUCUCUAGAGAAUUUGCCUAUGAUGAUUGAAGUACUGAAGAAAAUUGAAAAGCAUUUAAAUAAUUUGGAUGAGUUUGAGACGUUUGCCAGAGAAAUUGUACAACUGUGUGAAACUUGUCUUUCAAAAGCAGUACAGAAUAAUGAUGACAGUAUUACCGAUGAAGUGCUAGCUAAAUGUUUGGCAAUUUCAACAGAAAUUUGUCACAUUUUUCCUAGUCAAAUUACUCAACAACUUACUGACACUUUAAAACCCUUUCAUUCAGUUCGUAAAUCCUAUGAAAGGAUAACUCCUUUUCUCAGAGCUCAUGCAUUUGCUUGUGUUGGCAAAAUAGCACUGCAAGAUGAAAGCUUAGCAAAAGAAAUCCUCCCAGAAGUGGCAUAUGAACUUAUACAUUCCCAAGAAGAUGCCAUCAGAAAUAAUGUGGCCAUAAUUUUAAUCGAGAUGUGCAAACGUUACACUUCUUUAGCCGAUAGAUAUGUCCCGAUAAUCAGCAGAUGUUUUAAAGACAGAGUGUACCUAAUUCGAUACCAGACAAUCACUAUGUUGGUUAAUCUCUUGCAAGAAGGUUACAUCAAAUAUAAGGGAACUCUAUUUUAUUGUAUCCUGUCUACAGUUAUUGACAAAAAGGAAUCAAUUCGAGAACUGGGGAAAUAUUGUUUGCUAGAACUCUUGGUACCGAAAAAGAAAUCCAUUUUUUCUGAUCAUUUUGUAGAUUCCAUCUUUGUUUUCAAUGGCUAUGGUCCCCCUGACAACGAAAAUUUAAGACAACUCAUUCAGGAUUUGGAAAUAUUUGCACUUAAAGGAACUGAUAAAGCAAAGGAAAGAAUGCAAUUAUAUACAUUCAUGCUUGUGAAUAUGGAUGCUACUGCUCUCACAUUUUUAGUAAUUCAAAUCGUGCAAAAUAUUUUAAUGUCUGUUGCAGAAAAUGUCUUUCCCUUGAACUCUGAUACGGAAAACAUGGUAAGGGAUUGCUUUGCCAUUCUCAACUCCCCUGAUGUUAGACCUGUAGAUAUAGACAAUUACGAUUUAGAAACUGAUGCAGAUAGAGAGAAAUUUGCCAGCGCAGAAAAAGAGACGAGAAAAUUGAUGUUGAUAGACCCAGUUGUACCAGCCGUAAUUUCGUUGAAAAAUUGCGUCAUGUCUGAAAAAUCAGGACUCUUAGAAGAGAUUAUAUUCUUUUUGAAAGAGUUUUUGCAGGACUUUAAGAGUGAGGUGAAUGUGAUAAUAUCCGAUAAAACACUGCUACAGCAAAUUAAUCUUGAAUAUCGUAAGGAUAUGGUACAGCAAGAAAAGGAAAAUAAAAAAGAUCCCAAAAAAGCACCAGUAUCUACUCAAAAUGGAGAUAUUGAUCCAAGCACUGCUGUCGCAAUGGCGAAAGAAAGAACAGAUUUGAUUUUGCAGAAAGAAUUGGAGAAUAUUCGUAGAGAGUCUGGUAUGAAUGGAAGAGCGCCACAUGAAACAUCUUUGCGCUUAGUAUCUAGGACCCCUCUAAACAAAUCAACAGCAAGAAAGCCUGCUCCGAGCCAAAGUAUGGAAAUAGACCCUACACCCGGGACAAGUAGUAACGGAUCAUCUGAGUUUUUGCCCAGUGCAGGGGAAAACUUUUCAAGCACACCCAGAGUUGUAUUGACUCAGUUAAAAUUACCUAAGACUCCUGAUAUUAGUAGUCUUGUCUUCCAUAUAGACAGCGACAGUGAUUAAUAAUUUCGAAAAUCGUCUCAUUUUAAAACUUUUAAUUCGUAACACUUGCAGACCCUUUUAAAAUCGGUAUAUUUUCAUCUUUUAAUUUAGAUGUUAAGCAAUAAGUUGUUUGUUUGCGUUGAACUUUUUUUAUAUAUAAAAUUGAACUCUUUACAUUUUUAUACACAUGUACUGAAUAUAUUUAUCAUGUGGAAAACUGUAUUUUUAUAAACGCUAAUGUAAUUAAGACUUUGGAAUAAUAACCUUCAAAAUUUCAAAUAAAUGUUUUAUUAUUA